GUCUGGGAGCAGAGGGCGCGAGGAAAGGGAGCAGGACCCAAGCGCCACGCUUUCCAGCGCUCCGCCAGCCCAGCCCCCAAUUCAGCCCCACUAGGACGCUUUCCUGCUCUCCAGGAGCUGGAGCAACUCGGGCUCCUAGUCGCACCGGGCUGUCUCGGCGACAGUCGCCUCUGCCGGGAGUUUCCUGCGGAGCUAGCGCUCGCGGAGAUAGCCCGCGGCGGCGCCCAGGAGCCUCUGCCCAUGAAUGGGACUCCGCCCUGAGCGCCCCCUCCCGGUCCAGGGGAGGCGGCGGGGGGCGCCCCGCGAUCCCGCGGCUCCCAGCCGCCACCGGCGCAGCAAGUUGAGCGAGUUGGUGGCCGCCAGCACCUGCCUCCCGUCCCCGGCCCCUGAGUCCGCGCCCGGCCGGGGGUGCCCAGGUGGCGCGCGCAGCCGCCGCCUCCCGCCGUCGCCCAGGGCGGCCUAGGGACCCUGCCUGCGCCCGGGCGCCAGACCAUGGUGGGCAGCUGCGACCCGGAGCCGCAGCCGCCGCGAGCCGACGUCGCCCUCAACCAGCCCCCGCCCCACCCGAGCGGACGCGCGGGGGCUCGCAGCGCGCGGUCAUUUCCUUCCACCGCCGCCGGGAUGGGCAGCGCGGGACCGAGCGAGCGGCCCAGCGUCGGCCGGGUAACCCCUCUCUGAGCUGCGGCCGGGAGCUGCCGACCGCUGGGGCGUGCGAGCCUGGGGUCCGGGCGGCGCGGCGAUGACCUGAUCCCGAGCCCGCCAGGGCGCCCGUCCCUUGCUGCCCGGCUCGCUCGCAGCCUGUGCAGGAGACCGGCUCCUCGGUGCGGCGGCCCGGGCGCACGGUGGCGGGGAGCUCCGGUGAAAGGCGUGUGGGCGCCGAGCUGAGGAGGACACCUUCGGCAGCUCUACCUUUGGAGGGGCUUCUGUAAACUACUGAGUCAUUCCAGAUUUAGGAUUCCCUAAAUAAUCACCAACUGUGCCCGUCUCGUGCCGGAACGCGGGCAGAGAGAGAGCGAGAGCGCCCGCUCUCGGGACCCCGCGGAUCCCCAGGGUGCUUGGCCCUCGAGGAUCUCCCUCCCUCCGGCUUGUCCUCCCCCUCCCUCGUCUCCCGCUUUCUUUGCAGUGCUGCUGGAGGAGAGGCGCACUCACCGCAGCUGGAAACAGCUGCCCCCGCCCCGCGCCCCUACCCCGAGUCUAGCUAACCGCUCCCACUUCUCGCCUCUUGGAAUUCCAGAAGUGGGGAGGCCGGCCCCUGGAGAACCGCAGCCGGUGCGAUGCAUUCCGUAGACCUCACCCAGCUGGGACGGACCUCCUAAUCUCCAGAACCGCGGGCCACAGGGAGUUGAAUUGCUGCCUUCCUCUCUUCUCUGACGCGGUUGGUGGCUCGUUUUCUAAAGGAACGUUUUAUUCACUUUUUAGUAUUUUCUUUUCUUUUCUUUUCUUUCUUUCUUUCUUUUUUUUUUUUUUUUUAAACCGGGGACACGCUUCUCUCCUCGGUCCAGACUCUGCUUUGUAAACGGGUUUUCUAUGUAUGUAUGUGUAGGCAUACUUUGGACACCUUACAACGCUUGCGCCUCUCCAACAGGGGCACGGCUUGUUAUUUUGGACAUCUUUCCCCCCUUUCCACUCGGUACCCUGAACGCAGUGUGACCAAACUCCUCACUGUCCUUUGGACGUGGAUCGCCUUGGGGGUGCAAGUUUGGGGUGCAAACGUCUACUUCGUGAGAAGGCCUGGGACCGCCCCGCCCCCGACGCCAGGGGUUGAGGAAGUUUACAUCUGGAUUUUCACACGUUUUGUUGCCACUGCCCAGACUCCGACUAACCUUGUGGGCUCCAGGUUUUCGAUACUGCAACCUCCUCAAAUAUUAGCACUGCCUCCCCGCGCCUGCCCUAUCCCUCCAGGCCCCCUGAGGUCCUUCCCUCAUCCCGGCGGAGCGGAGUACGAACCGAGGACUCAGUGGAGCCCGGGGCCUCCGGCCCGCACUGAGCAGCUAUGGCUGCAGCGAUAGCCAGCUCCUUAAUCCGGCAGAAGCGGCAGGCGAGGGAGUCCAACAGCGACCGGGUGUCGGCCUCCAAGCGCCGCUCCAGCCCCAGCAAAGACGGGCGCUCCCUGUGCGAGAGGCACGUCCUCGGGGUGUUCAGCAAAGUGCGCUUCUGCAGUGGCCGCAAGAGGCCGGUGAGGCGGAGACCAGAACCCCAGCUGAAAGGGAUUGUGACAAGGUUAUUCAGCCAGCAGGGAUAUUUCCUGCAGAUGCAUCCAGAUGGUACCAUUGAUGGGACCAAGGACGAAAACAGCGACUACACCCUCUUCAAUCUAAUUCCUGUGGGACUGCGUGUGGUGGCCAUCCAAGGCGUGAAGGCCAGCCUCUAUGUGGCCAUGAAUGGGGAAGGCUAUCUUUACAGCUCAGACGUUUUUACCCCAGAAUGCAAAUUUAAGGAGUCUGUGUUUGAAAACUACUAUGUGAUCUAUUCUUCAACCCUGUAUCGCCAGCAGGAAUCAGGCCGUGCCUGGUUUCUAGGACUCAAUAAAGAAGGUCAAAUCAUGAAGGGGAACAGAGUGAAGAAAACUAAGCCCUCAUCUCAUUUUGUACCAAAACCUAUUGAAGUGUGUAUGUACAGAGAACCAUCGCUACAUGAAAUUGGAGAAAAGCAAGGCCGUUCAAGGAAAAGCUCGGGAACACCCACCAUGAAUGGCGGCAAAGUUGUGAAUCAAGACUCUACAUAGCUGAGAACUCCUCCUGUUCUGCCCUCCCCGCCCUCUUCCUUCUCCUCCCUUCCCUUCCCCAAUUUUCUCCAAUAAAUCCACCCCAACAAGAGAAAAAAAUAAAAAAAAAAGGCAUCACAGGACUUAGUAGCUGAGAUUCUGCACUCAAAAUCUUCCUUUGUGUAGGACAAGAAAAUUGAACCAAAGCUUGCCUGUUGCAAUGUGGUAGAUAAUUCACAUGCAUAACAAUUAUUGCACAUAAAAGCAAAGAAAAAAUAAAUCAGGACUCCACAAACACUAAAUUUAAGUGUGUUGUUAUUAACAGAGGGCUAGCUGGAAUGAAGACACAACUAUAAUGCCAACAAAAUACGGUCAUUGAACUGAUGGGAAAGGUUUUAAGAAAGCACUUAAAAAUGUUGAACUGUAAAUGCCUUUAAGUUCUAGAGAAUUCUGUGAUGUGCAGUUUUGUUUCAUACUUGUAUUUUCUUUAGAUUUCUGUAAAUGAUACACAAUUACAUCCUGUUUCCAGGACAUUCUUUCAACCAUAAAUUUGAACAUGUCAAAAUUAUAUUCUUCUAAUGUCUGUCAGACGUAUAUAGUCAGGGGCCAUUUAACGUGAAGAAAGGUUUUAAACAUUAUUCUUGAUGUUGAUAAUAUUUUUUAUUUUAGAAAAUGAAAAUCUUGUGUUGAAUUUAAUCAUAUUAGGUGAUUUAAUUCAAUUGUAAAGAGUUUCUCCUAAGAGAAUAUCAUAUUUUUUAUCUAGGUAUUGAUCUGGGAUUUCAUUAUUGUUUUGAUAUUUAGGGGAAAGGGUUUUGCUGUGUUUCUGAGAAGAUAUAGGGUACCCCCUGCCAUUGCUAUGUAUGGUGAAGAAGCACAGGCUUCUUGCUUUUUUCCAUUCAGUCUUAGUGUUGAUUUGUGGGUACCUUUGAGUGUGUAUGUGUAUGUCUAGCUGUCAUAGAAAGUUGUCUUUUUUUUUCUUUUUCUUUUUUUUUUUUUUUUAACCAUAUCUUGCAGCAGGGAAGAAGGAAAGUGGGUUUUGCCUAAGGAAAUAAGCCUGAGAUUUAGAGUCAAAGCAAAUCUUAAUUGCCUUUUUUACAUUGCCAGACUUCUAUGCGUAAGUGUUUUCCAAACUUUAUGAGAAAUCAGGAGGUGUGGUAGUGAGAUUCCUAACUUACCAUCUAUGAAGUGAGUAGCUUGUUAGUAUUAUCCAAUUUAAAAGACUAGGUUGCAAUAAUUCUGUCUUCUAGAAAACAGAAGGUAACAAUUUAAAAUUGGAAUAUUCAAGGGAUAGUGAGGGAAAAAAAUGUGAAAUUAACAGCCUUGAUUCCAAUAGACAGUGUUUUGUCGGUGGAUUUGUGUCCUGAAAAAGAACUCUAUGUAAGAGCAAGCAAACACACAGUUAGGAAUACUGAAGUACUAGAAAACAUUAACAAAGGCAUGAAGUUAUACCAUGGCAUUUUGGAAUUACUAGAUCUACUUAGGCCUGGAAAUCAGGAAGGGUGUAGAGACAUCCAAAUUAAAACAAACCAAACUAGAAUGUUAAAAAUGUUUGCAGAUUUAUGGAUAUCAUAAUGAGAAGACUUAGCAUGUAACUUCUCCUAUAUCUCUACUGUCCAGCAUGUAUUAUUCCAAAUAUGACCCCUAAAACACAUACUUUGCAGAAGAUCUUGGCUCUCACUUUGAACCUUUCCACUGGUUACUGUAUUCUUUCAAGGUCAGUGUAGUGUCUCCCCUCUACACAUCAUUAUUCUUCAGUGUGAUUCUUGUCCUAUCAAGUAUCCUAUUUAUGUUCUUUGGACAAUGGCAGAAAAUGUACUGGAGGAAUUUUCCUAUAAAACUACAAAGAACAGCAGUUACGCACAAAGGCAAGGCAUUUGUACACAUUUUAAAUCAGAAUAUAGGAAAAGUAACAGAUAUAUUUAAUUUUUUAUAUAAGGAAUAUUGCUCUCUUAGGAAAAGAAUAACCACGUAAAGACACAAAUUCAGGAGUUGUAAUCAUUGUCACUAUUGAUCCAGCUUGAUUAUAAAUACACCUGUCACUUCCAGGACCAAACAAAUUCCAAGCACAAAGCCUUAUUUUCUUUGAAAAAAAUAAAGAGGCUUCAACAAAAUGGGUCAUGGGCUCUUUUAGAGGGAAGUGCCUAGAGGUUUUAAGGUGAUAUGUUUACUCAACCAUAAUGUAGCUGAGGGUCCACAGGAAAUACAAUUGGUGGAAAUCCAGUUGCCCAUCUCAUUGAUGAUUUCAUGAUAGAAAUUUAAGCUUAUUAUUUAUGAAAAUAUAAUCUGAUAUUGAUCUCUAAUAAAAUCCCAUCUCUAUUUUCAGUGGUUGUCAAUCAUUCAUCAUACAGACACACUUUUGUCCCUAUCAUAUCAGUAGUUAAAAAGCUCUCUCAUCACUCAAGUUGUCUCUAGUUUUUCCCUCCACAUUGUGUUUAGCAAUUGUAAAUGUGUUUUGGAAAUUAACUUUGCUUCAUUUACAACUGAUUCAAGAACAAAUUGAAAGCCUCACAUUCCUUUUAUUCAUAAGUCUGGAAAAAUGUGGUUUAGAGCACAGGGUGAACAUUUGUUUACUCUUUGGUUGCCUUUUAAGUACAUUAAAAGCAUAAAUAGAACCAAUAUUCACUGACUUAAGUUUUAAAAUACAUGAAGAAAUAUAAGCAUAUAACUGUCCAAUUUCACUUAAAAACAUGAGCCAGUUUCGAUGGUUGUUUUUCAGCUUGAUUUCUAACUUAUAUUUUCACUGUGAUAAUCUUUAUUUUAUUUCCUGGCUUCAACUCAUCUAUCAUCUCGUCUCCUUUAAUUGCAAUAAGAGUUUGUUUUUUGUAGUUUCCAAAACAAUGCAAGGGGAUAUUCCCAGGAAAGGACUCUAGUAGAGAACUAUAGGAGCCCUUAUGUCUUAAGUGAAUGGUCUUCAUAAUGAAAACAAAACUUCUGUGAGUCUCACAAAAUGGCUUUUUGGUCAAUAUUCUUUACUUGAUAUUUUAGCUAGAUGUUUGAGGUCUAGAAACAAAUGGUGCUGAAGUUCUAUCUGCUAACUUAGAGACCUUGUGCUUCAGGAGACUGAACACAGUAAGCCAUCUUUUCUUGAUCGUAGUGAUAGUUUUGGUUUUGAAUUACAUCUAUGAAGUUUGUAAGGCAUUGUUAGCCAUUAUGGAUUGGCACAGUGAAUAGACAUCUAUGUAAUAUAAUGUGAUUCAUUAUGGGCCUCAUUCUAAUUCAGACAUUUAUACAGAAUUACUCUUCUACUGAAGAAAAUGGCAAUACUGUUGCUAGGUAUUGUUUCUCAAUUGGUGGUUCUGUCAUGCCACAGAGAAAUGUUGAGAGUAUUGAAACAAGUGGAAAGGAUGGAGUGUAACUUGGUUGUUAUGUAUUAAAUUGACUUUAGGUCCAAUCUGAAACCCCAGGUUGCUUGGAGAAGAAGCAUGACUACGUCAACAGUGAUUUAUAUUUUAAAACAUAGGCCCAGAAAUAGAAAAACUACCCUUAUGCCCUGUGGCUUAGUGUACAAGGCUUUGCUUUUGAAAAGGUUUUCCAUGAAGUUGCUUGAUUUCUUCUGCACAAGAUGAGACAUAAUCAAACUUAAAAAUUCCCUGCUCAUUUUAAUGCCACUAAAGGCUGAGGUUAUUACUCUGUCAUAGAUUGUAAAUAGCAUUUUUUAAAGCCAGAACUACCUUUAAAACUGUGGAUUGUUCUACAAAUAUAUAUGUGUAUAUAUACAUAUGCUUCUGAAAUGAGGAUAUAUUAUAUAAAGUUUCUAUUUGAUCUGUGGACUUUCAUUAGGUAGUCAAAAAUAAAGAGACUUGAAUGCAAAAACUUUAUAUAUAAAUGUAUAUUUCUAAUGAUAGUAAAAAUUGCCACUUUAUAAUAAAAAAAGAAACAGGUGGGAACAAUGCUAAAGCACAUACUCCUUCAGAACGCUGGUUAUUUUUUAAUCCCCUCUGAUGCAGCAAUAAUGCUUUAAUGUCUAAAAUGUUUCUUAGAAAGCUAUAAUUCCCAAUAGAAAUCUCAUCCCAAUCUGAGGUUUGAAAGCUGACUGAAGGAUGGGCAAAGGAAGUGACAUAUUGAUCUUUAUCAGGACAUUUUGCUGACCAUAAUGAAAGUCAAUAUUUAAAUCCAAAUUGAGUUAAAACUGUUAAUGUUCAGGGAUGGUAUAUUGAGCUUCAAUGGCAAAUAAAAGCAAAAAGGAGAGCGCUUAACACUAUAACAGCAUUAAAAUAAUGCAUUGAGCAUUGCAGCAUUAGUUUUACUAGCUGGAAACAAUGAGCUGCUGUUUCUUUGUCUGUGCAUCCAAGCACAAUAUAAUAACAGUAGCAUUCAUUUUACUCAAAGUCAUUUAGAACUCUAAAUUAUAUAGCCACAAAGAGAGUCAAUAUUAGCUCCAUUUCAAGGUUAAGUGUUAUAAUAUUAACAAAUGAUUGACACUAAAAAUUUUUAAUAAACAUGUUAUAUGAGAAACCAAGCAAAUUAAUAUUUGUUUUUCAUUAAAGCACAGAUUAUUUAAGUCAUUGUUUUUUUGAGAUCAGCUUUGUAAACUGUUUAUACACCACAACCUUCCUGAAGUGAAAAGUAAUUAAAAUCUUGAGUUACUCAUGCAUGUAGAAUACUGGCACUUAAAAAACAAAACAAAACAAAACAAACAAACAAAACAUUAAACUUCACCAAGAAGUCU